AUGACAUCAGGGCAGAAUCACACCAUGCUGAUGAGAUUCAUCCUGCUGGGCCUCACAGACCAGGCCGACCAAAAACAUCUCUUUGGCGUCUUCCUGCUGAUCUACGCUGUGACACCAGUGGGCAACCUGGGCAUGAUAGACCUGAUCCGUACCAGCUCCUCCCUCCACACCCCCAUGUACUUCCUCCUGAGCGUGCUCCCCUUCCUAGACAUCUGCAAUUCCUCCAUGUUCACCCCCAGGCUGCUGACCAGCUUCCUCACCGUGGACCAGUCCAUCUCGUUUGCAGGCUCUGUGGUCCAGAUGGCCUUCAUGAUCCUCCAUGGCACAGGGGAGUGCCUGCUCUUGGCCAUCAUGGCCUAUGGCCAAUUUGUGGCCAUCUGCUACCCUCUCCUCUACCACACCAUCAUGUCCAAGUGCUUGUGCAUCCAGCUGGUGGUGGGCUCCUAUGCUGUGGGGGUGUCCAUUUCAGCUGUGCAGACAGGGAAUGCCUUCAUCUUGCCCUACUGUGGUCCCAACAUCAUUGAUCACUUCUUCUGUGAUCCCCCCGUGCUCCACCUGGCCUGCUCAGACACCACUGUAGCCAACGUCAUCCUGCUCUUCUUUUCUGCUUUGGUUACUGUCCCCAUGGUGUCAGGCAUCUUGGUCUCUUACACCUACAUCCUGAUCACUAUCUGUAGGAUGAGGUCCCUGGAGGCCCAGAGCAAAGCUUUCUCCACUUGUGCCUCCCACCUCACUGUCCUCUCCCUCCUCUACGGGUCUAUGUUCUUUGUAUAUGUCCAACCCAACCCAGAAAGGGCUUCAGCCUAUAACAAGGCCCUCUCUGUGCUCUACACCAUUGUGAUCCCCAUGCUGAACCCCCUGGUCUGCAGCCUAGGAAUAAAGGUGUCAAGGCCGCUGUACGAAUUAGGGUUCUUAACUUAA